AUGAAUGUUGAUGAUUCAAAUAAAGUAAAACCCAACAUUAGUGGUAGUUCGUAUUUAUGGGAUUACAUGAUAAAACAAAAUGACAAAGCAAAGUGUAAAAUAUGCUCUGCUAUUUUAAGUCGAAAAAAUGGUACAACCAGUGGACUACGUAAACAUUUAUUUCAAAUGCAUAAACUUGAAGCUUUUGGUGUUAAUUCAAAAAAAUUGGAUAUAAAACCGCAACAAUUUUCUGUUGAUGAAAAACAGAAGCUUGAUUCAUUGAUAAUUAAUGCCAUCGUAGAAGAUGGACGUAGUUUCGGCGAUAUGAGACAAUCAGGUAUAUUGAAAGUAUUUAAUCAUUUAAAGCCUGGCUAUUUACCUCCUCAUCGUAAUACUAUUCAACGGCGAUUAAAACGAUUGCAAUCUGAAGAAAAAUUAAUGCUUAUCAAAGAAUUAUCGAAAAUUCAGUCUUUAGGUAUAACAUGUGAUUUUUGGUCCGAUAAACGACUUUAUUCUUAUUUAUGUUUAACUGGUCAUUAUAUAACAUCGAAUUAUCAAUUUGUUUCAAAAAUACUUUCUUUUUCGUGGCUCCAUCAUCGCCAUUCUUCUACGAACAUUUCCAUGGUUAUUAAGAAAGAACUCAAGGAUUUAAAUGUGUCUGAAAAAACACGUUCGAUCACAACCGAUGGUGCGGCUAGUAUGUCGAAAAUAGGUGAAACGCUUUAUGGCGAUACAAAACAAAUAUACUGUGUAGCUCAUCGUCUUCAUUUGGUGGUAUGCAAUGGACUUGGACUUUGGGUUCGUAAACAAAAACUUCUAUAUGCAUCAACUACUGAUGCAAUAACAAAGAUUGAUAUAAGUGAAGAUGAUUCCGAUGAAGAAGAUUUUACUGAUGACAUUCAAUUUAUUUCACAACCAUCAUCAGUUACUAAUUCAUCAAGCUCACUUGAAUCAUUCGGUAAUUCAUUCGACAUAUCGAAUGAAUUGUUAAACACAAAUCUUGAUAAUAAUGUUAUUGGAAAUGAAAAUUUAAUGGACGAAGAACCAGAUAAUUUUUCCGAUGAUAUUAUUGAUAACUGGUCGAUUGAUGUUAUUGAAGAUCUUGAUAUAUCAUCAGGUGAAACAGUACAACAAAAUAUAGGUGAUUUAAUGAAAAAAUGUAGAUCCAUGGUGAAAUUAAUAAAUAAAUCAUCCAUUCUAAUGAAUUAUGUUUCGAAACUUAAACAACAAUUCAAUAUUCGUCGUUCUCUUCAAUUGGAUUGUAAAAGUAGAUGGAAUUCAUCUCAUCAAUUAAUUGUUGUUAUGUUAAUCUACAAAAAAAUUGUUAAUAAAAUUCAUAGUGAAAAACAUGAUAUUGGUCUUAAUAACAAACAAAUGAACAAGCUUUCUUCAAUUGAAUUAGAUCAAUUUGAUUGGAAAAUGCUUGAAUUAUUGGACUUUGUCUUAAAGCCAUUUGCACAAGCAACAAAGCUUCUAAGUAGUACUCAAUAUCCCACCAUUGGUAUUAGUUAUUUUGCAAUUGUGCAAAUCCGAGAUUUUCUUGAAGAUUUGAACACUGUUGAUGUUGACGAUUGGAAAAUUUUAUUUAAUUUCAAAGUAUUAUUAUUAAAUCAACUUGAAAAAUAUUUCAUGGAAAAAGACGAACAGUGGCAAUUGAUGAAAAAUCAUGCCUAUUUCGAUCCUAUUGGCUACGGAUGUUUAACGAGACGAGAAAGACGAACAGUCGAAUCCAAUAUUAUUGAAUCACACGAAUCAUGUACUAUGGAAGAAAUGAUUGAUGAGCAAGAAGCUAAUGAAACACAAUCGAAAUUAAAUAGGAAACGUAAAUCUACAUCAUCGAAAACAUCACCUAUGACAAAAUUUCUUAAUUCAGUCGGUAAAAAACGUGUAUGUUCAUCAAUGGAUAUACCAACAGCUAGCAAGAAUACACUAAAUGAAGAAUUUACUACAUAUAGAACAUUAGCUCAAAGAGAAUAUAAUUCUAUAGUCGAUGGUGAUCAAGAUCCUGAUGUAGUACAAUUUUGGCAAUCACAUCAAAUUGAAUUGCAGCAAUUGUCUAAAAUUGCUACCUCUUAUCUUUCUACGCCAGCUAUUUCUGUUACAUCAGAAAGUGCAUUUAGUACGGCUUCAUACCUAUUACGAAAACAGUGGUCUCAUUUAACACCCAUCAAUUUAUCUCACUCAAUAUUUCUCAAAGAUAAACUUCAUACUGACUUUAAUACACCGUAUUAA